UUAAUAUCUUAAAUAAUUAUCGAUCCCGAAAUAGCGACCGCGAUCCGUCGUUAUAACCAGCCAAGCCGGCGUGUCGACUAAAUACUUGCAAAACUGACAUUUUGCCGAUAAGAGCAGCCCAUUAACCACAAUAACAGAGGCAACAAUCAAAAUGCAGACGAUAAAGUGUGUUGUGGUAGGCGAUGGAGCCGUGGGUAAAACUUGCCUGUUGAUAUCAUAUACUACUAAUAAAUUCCCAUCGGAGUACGUGCCUACGGUCUUCGACAACUAUGCCGUCACCGUCAUGAUUGGUGGCGAACCUUAUACCUUAGGACUAUUUGACACAGCAGGUCAGGAGGAUUACGACCGACUGCGGCCUUUAAGUUACCCACAGACGGAUGUAUUCCUUGUUUGCUUCUCGGUUGUAUCUCCAUCAUCUUUUGAAAAUGUUAAAGAAAAGUGGGUGCCUGAAAUAACGCAUCACUGUCAGAAAACACCAUUUUUGUUGGUCGGCACGCAAAUUGACUUGCGGGACGAUGCAGCAACUAUCGAAAAGCUUGCGAAGAAUAAGCAGAAACCGAUUACAGGGGAACAAGGUGAAAAACUCGCAAAAGAACUAAAGGCAGUCAAGUAUGUCGAAUGCAGUGCCCUCACACAGAAAGGGCUAAAGAACGUGUUCGACGAAGCAAUACUCGCAGCGCUAGAGCCUCCGGAACCAGUCAGAAGAAGAAGGUGCGUCAUCUUGUAGGAGGCUUCCAUGAGCCCUCCUCUAAUCGUGAAAGAAUUGGCUUGUCACGCCCUACAUUGUAAGUUUGAAUAUUCAAUACACGUAAAGACAUAUUAAGCGAUCGAUAAGUAGUGGCAGAGACAGUCAAAAGUCGAUUCCAGUAUAUCGCUCGUUGGUUGCGGCCGUAUAGGAGUUCAUUAAAGAGUCGCAACAAGUUCCUGUAACGGGACCCGUCAUCUCAGAGUGGCGUACAAGUACGGUAACGAAGUGGCGGUGAAACGCGUGGGUAAAUCCAAAUUAAAUUAUAAAGAAACGAUCGAAUAACAUGCACACUCCGGGCGGACUGUUCGCAUGCUUCUUUUUCGCUUGGGCAAAUCGCAACGCAAAUAACACAGACAACCGAGUCGGGGAAAUUCGCCUUGAGAAAGUAUAUCGCCGUGCAUUAAGAUUGUGCCAUAUCUACCUCAAGACGCACGUAUUUACGGAUAUUCGUUUUUCCUCGUUUCUACUCUUGUUUUAUAUUUUGUUUAUAAAUCAUGAACGAAUCUACGAUUGCCCUGUUGACUCGAAUCGGCCCUCGUUUCCCCGAGACAUACCGUAAGACGUUGCUCUAGCCGACUUCCAUUGUUGGGAGUCGACGACUCCAGGUUCAGAGGUUCGCAAGGAACGUUUCUGUUUAGGGUGGACCUACGGUAUUGAAUAUGAAUACUUUUUACAAUCGCAUAAACGAUACAAACCUGCCUUCGCGAACCGGAGCAACCCCCGGGAGAACCCUCUCCCGGAGAACCAGCCCCUCGAAUAUUUAAUAACGAGUAAGGCAUUUUUAAUGAUAAGUUACUAAUGUGAAUCUUUUUUUUUUUAAUAAACAAUUAAUUCAAAAGUAGUAUGUUAUACGUAUAUUCUCCGCUACGUUAUGGCGUACGCCUGCAGGAAAAGAGACUCGUGUACCUAUCGAAGUUUUGACAUGUAUGUCUAGUCUCGGUUAGGGCGAUGUGAGGAUUUACAAUUGGAUUUGUAGAUAUGUCUACAUAGUUACAGUGUAUUAAAAAAUUUGUACGGUACAGAAUUUAUGAAGCAUUUAGUAGCUAAUUAUGGUCGAUCGCUCUUGUCACUUUCACAUCGCCUUAAGAAUGGAAAUUCAUUUCAUUGGGAUACUUGGAUACACCGAGCCGAGCAUUCCCUCCCAGUGGAACCAGUUUAUGCGUUUUUUAACUUUGGUUAACCGAUAUCGAGGACUAAACGGAAGAUUUUCGUCUUUCAGGUGACAAAGCACAAUGCCGGAUAUACAGACUUUUUUCGCACGACCGUGUUUUUUAUAUAGAGUAUGUAUAUUAUACGAAUUGUACAAUUAGUGGAACUGAAUUUUAUUUAAUUUGGAUAGUCACGUUGUGCCCAGUGCACGCCGAUAAGAGGUCCGAUAUUACACUAAUAUUAAAUUUAUAAGAAAUUUUUCACGAAAA